AUGCAAUCUGUACAGCCAAACCCUGAUAUCAUUAUCUUUGAAAAGAAAGUGUUGUUCUUCCAGCACACCUUCAACCUGAGAAAACAUUCAGUGGCGUCCCUCUUACCUGCUGUGCUUGCUCCUCUGCAGCCACACUGUUCUCUCUUCCAGCUGGAAGCAGAAGCUGUCUUCCGAGCCAUCAUCAUUGCCAGCCAGACCAACUGCCCUCUCUAUGUGACUAAAGUGAUGAGCAGAAGUGCUGCAGACCUCAUCUCACAAGCAAGGAAAAAGGGCAACGUGGUAUUUGGUGAGCCCAUCACAGCCAGCCUGGGUACUGAUGGAACACACUACUGGAGCAAGAACUGGGCCAAGGCUGCAGCAUUUGUGGUCUCGCCCCCCCUAAGCCCAGAUCCCACAACCCCUGACUACAUUAACUCCCUCCUGGCCAGUGGUGACCUGCAGGUGUCAGGAAGUGCCCACUGCACGUUCAGCACUGCGCAGAAAGCAAUUGGAAAAGACAACUUCACAGCGAUCCCAGAGGGGACCAAUGGCAUCGAGGAACGGAUGUCUGUCAUCUGGGACAAAGCAGUGGCUACAGGAAAGAUGGAUGAAAACCAGUUUGUGGCAGUGACGAGCACUAAUGCUGCAAAAAUCUUCAACCUGUACCCGCGGAAAGGGAGAAUAGCUGUGGGCUCAGACAGUGAUCUGGUCAUUUGGGAUCCUGAUGCAGUGAAGAUCGUCACGGCAAAAACCCACCAGUCUGCAGCUGAAUACAACAUCUUUGAAGGGAUGGAGCUGCGUGGGGCCCCACUGGUUGUCAUAUGCCAGGGAAAGAUCAUGCUGGAGGACGGCAACCUGCACGUGACCCAGGGGACUGGGCGCUUCCUGCCCUGCAGCCCUUUCCCUGACUAUGUCUACAAGCGGAUCAAAGCCAGGAGAAAGAUGGCGGAGAUGCACGCCGUGCCCCGGGGCAUGUAUGAUGGACCUGUGUUUGACCUGACUGCCACCCCCAAGGGUGGCACCCCUGCGGGAUCCACCCGGGGGUCCCCCACGCGGCAGACACCCCCUGUCAGGAACCUCCACCAGUCGGGGUUCAGCCUGUCAGGUACCCAGAUUGAUGAAGGCGUUCGUUCUGCCAGCAAGCGCAUUGUGGCACCGCCGGGAGGCCGCUCCAACAUAACCUCCCUCAGCUAAAGCCCCACACGGAGAGGGGAGUGAUCCCUGGGCAGGCAAAGGAAGAAAAAGUGGUAAAUUGGUGUUCAAGAAGGAAAAGCAAAUAAACCUGUUCUGAAGAAUCUGUAAGCCUCAAGCCUUACGUUUCACAAAUGCUACUUGCUACCUAGCUUUAAAGAUGUUGCUUCAUUUUACUUUAUGCAUAGCCUUAAAAUUCUGUUGUUGUUGUUGUGGGUUGGGUGGGUUGUGUUUUUCCUCUUCCUUUUGUAUGCAUGCCGCUCAGACAGGUCACUUGGUUCAGGUCGUUGUUGGUGUUGAAUGCUUGUGGGCAGGUGGGGGUGCAGUGUGAGCCCGGGCAGCGCCGUGUUCCUUUGUCUUGGCGCUCAACAGCGUAUCACCACGAUGCCCAUUAAGGAGCCCAGAUCAUCUCUGUAACAGCUGUCACAGCACCUCGUGUAAGGAAAUUUACGACUUUGUACACUUUAUUAAAGAAAAAAAAAACAACUGUUCCUCAAAUAA